AUGCCAAAAGGGAUCUGUUGUCAAGUGUCUUUACAAUUCGUGAAGUUCAUGCACUUGGAGUCACUCAUUUUAAUAAUAUUCCUCUUUUAUGCAUCAAUCGUUCUACUGGAUGCAAAGCUGGCAGCUUUAUGGAAUCUGGAUAAAAUGAGCACUUGUAGGCUCGGUUAUCCGGCUACUGUUUAUAACAAUUACGGAUGUUGGUGUGGCGUUGGAGGCUCCGGAAAGCCCAUGGAUGGAAUUGACAG